GCGGGCAUCAUUGGAAAAUAAUUCAACUUAUACAUAGGUAGACUAACACCCAUAGCCGGUUAGCUACUUGUAAUAAUCAAUCUCACCUUUGUUCGAAACCGAAUUCUUUGAAGAUACCCUACGCUGCUCGCUUUAUACCCGUUUUCAUUAUACAUUAUACAAAGAGCUUCAAACAAGGUCUAAUAGGCAUCCACAUCGACUACCUACCUAGUUAAAGUGGUCUUGCUGACACUUUAAAGUUUACAUGACACUUAUAUCCAGCCAUAUUCAUCUUAUUUAUUUAUCAUCCAACUUCAUUUUGUAUCCUUUUCGUCUCAGCAUCACUACCUCUUAGUAGUCUAAACUCUUCUUCACUCUCACCUAUUAAAAAACUUGGUGAUUCCGAAUAUACAGCAAGAUGUCCGACGCAGCGGGUUCGAUGACCGUUAACGGCAACUUCCUGAAGGACUUUAUCAUCGCCAUCGCAGUCGCAGCCGUUUCAACUAUUGUACUUUUGUUGAUUAUCUGCCUUCUCGCACAAUGUGGACCGCGAUUGUUCACUAAAGUCCGCAGGAGGGAAGAGUGGCUUUCUCCAACACUCGAGGAGGGAUACCAAGAUCAGUCGCAACCGGAACUUCCCCUAGUACCAAGAAGUUGGCAACGGAAAGAAUAUGCGUGAAUGAAUUAUCGAUCGUUCGAAUACUCCGAAACUAAAAUUGCCGCGCCGACUAUUUGUCAAUGAGCGCGAGAAUCCCAUCAACUUAUUAUAGCGGUGAUAAUCUAUCUACCUUCAUCUGCACAUCUAUACGUUAUACGAUAGAUCAGAGACCUAAAGACUAGACGCCGCAGGCUACUCAUACAAUGCCAUACGCAAUGUUAGCUUCGACUCACCUCCCCAUAUAUGGGAUUCGAAACCACAACCAAAUCCUAUCAAUAGUCUCAAACAGACGGAGACAAUGUUUCAGCUGGCAAACAUCAGUUAGGUUCGGUCGGGAGCCUUUAAGCAGAGCGCCGUGUCAUUACACGCUUACUUUGGGGGAGUCUUUAGGCGUCAGUCGGUAUGAGGCUAGGACCUUAGGGUCAGCUAUGCCAGAUCAUACUUGAGAAUAUCAUCUGUGGAAAUCCACGGCGAUCUGCUCCAUUAAAGCGAGCGUAUUAUAUAUAUUACCGCGGGAUCGGAUAUGCACCCCUUUGAAUAGAUAUAAGGAUGGUUGUUGCAUGGGCGGCGCAUUCAUAACGAGACAUAGCAUAUAGAAUUACCUAGAUAUCAUAUAAAAAGCCCAGGCAUGAUUUCCCGGAUACAGGGACUUUAACAAGAUUUAGUUUUCGUUUUCUGUAUAACCAAC